AUGUAUUUCCUUAAAAUAGAUUCAUCAAAUAUAUUAAAAGAAGCCAAACCAAAAUAUUAAGUUUAAUUAUUCUAUUCACUGUUCUCUAUUUAAAAAAAAUAAAUGAUUUUCCUUACUUAAGAUGAAAUGUUUUCAAGAAGACCUACCUUUUAAAAACUUCAGUAUAUGGCAGAAGCAGAAACCGUAUACUUUUUGGCUAACAGUCUAAGAUAUUGCAAAACUAAUAUCUCAUGUUAAUCAAGUAAUAGUCUAAAAAAGUAUCAAAUUAAUAGGUAAUGCAAGCUGGUUAAACAAAAUCAAGUGGUCGUUUCCACAUAAUCCCAUAUUAAGAAAGAUAAUGAUAUCUAAAGCGGAAAAUGUUAGCUUAAAAUUAAUGCAAAAAUCUCUGAAACAGACAUUCUGUAUUGA